AGCCCUACAGUGCAAAUCUCUGCAAUAUCCUAAUUUCAGAGAUCCAAAGCUCUCAAUUAUUUUCCACAAAAGUUCACUGCAGAUACAUACAAAGGAAAAGGUGUGGGUGAUUGUUGUAGUGAGCAGGUCGAUGGAGGAAAUGAUUAAAUUAUCAAAUCAAAUGGAAGAACAAUUGACCUUACCGGACGAUGAGGAAGCUGAGGUGGUGAUUAUAAUCAAGGAGAUCCUAGCAAAGGAUACAGUCGACUGGAAAUUGACGAUGCUGAGUAGAAUUUGUGUUAGUAGGGUGGUAUUGCAGUGGGAGUAUAUCAACUUUAUCAGAGCAAAUUGGAGACUUACUAGAUCAAUAAUGGUAUCUCCAUAUAAACAUAGGAAGUACAAGAAUGUAUUCAUACUCAAAUGCAAGAACGAAUCGGAUUUCUAUAAGAUAAAAGAAUUCAAACCUUGGUUCUUCAAAGGUGACCUAGUUGUAAUGGCAGAGAUACCAGAUACAGGAAUUCCAGCAGAUGGAAGUUUAGACUUGGAGCAUGAAAUGAUUUGGCUCAAAGCUAUGGAAGUGCCUAUUGCUUACACUUCUGAGGAAGCUCUGAAGAAAGUGGUGAAGAAUGCUGGCAUAUACCAGAAGCAUGUCAUUCUGGUGGGCAGUAACUUGUUAGAGAAAGAUGUUAUGAUCCAGGUGAAGGUGGAGGUAAAGAAAAAGGUGAAGUAUAGCAUGGUAGCAGCAAAUGAAGAAGGGGAGAAAACUGUUAUCAACUUUGAAUAUGAAUGCCUUCCCCAGAAUUUAAGCACAAAAUGUAACAUUAUGGAUCAUCCUGAACUACAUUGUGAAGGAAGUAGACAAUGGCUUAGCCCAGCAUAUCAGAAAAAACUAGAUGGUGGUGAAGGCUCUUAUUCUAAGGCUAAUGAAGGGGAAGAUGUGGGUAGUAUAUCUGUAGAGAAGGAAAAACAGAACUCUUCUUUACAGAAAGGGGAAGAUGGCUUGUUAUUAGGAAGGGAGAUGAACACAGAAAAAACCUACGAACCAAAGGUACAAAUAUGAUUGAGGGGAAUGAGAAGGAGAUGGAGAAUGUAAUAGAGGAAUUGGUUAUAGGAGGGCAUGGAGCUGAGACACUAGAAGAAAAUACUAAAGGUAAAGAAACCUAUGUGGAAAAUGCAAAGGAGAAUAUGAUGAAAGGGUCAGGCUGGAGCCUGAUGAAGAGCAAUAAAGGGAUAGUUAUAAAUGAAAAUCGCCAUCCUGCGAACAACAAAAAAGACGUAACAAUCAGCCAUAAAGCUCAAAAACCCAUUUCAGCAGAAACUAGUAUCAAGGAAAAACAUAUUCCCAAACCUACAGAAAUAAAAAGCCAGGAAAAGCCGAAACCAUACAUAAAACAUACAAAUUUCACAGAAAACCCAGAAAAAUCCAGUCUCAAUUAAAAAGAUAGCAAGAGCUGCAAAUGAAACACAUAAGGUUUCUCUUCUAGCAAAGAGGAAGCUUAGCUUAAGUGAUGAUGAAGUAAUGGUUGAAGGUUACAAACACAUAAGGUUUCUCUUAUAGCAGUUUAGUCAUGAUGGUUCAGAAUUCCAAAUGGGGAAGGGAGGCUCAGGAAAUAAAAACAACAAAUUGAAACCAAUUGAAAACCCAACCAUAACAGAAAUAGACUCUACUGAAAAAGGCUCUAAAGUCACUAGUAUGCACUCGGACAAGUAUGAUGGACCGGCUCCAGAGGGGACAUCUUGGGGGGUUCAUGGCACCAUGCAGGCAAACCCAGAUGUGCACUUCGAUUUCGGACACCAGAUCAUGCAUGUAGGAUAUAUGAAGCAAGAUGCUGGUACCUUGAAGCAGGUGCAGAGGAAGAUCUAGCAGAUGAAGCAGCUUCCAUGACAAUCCAGUGGGCUCACCAACUAAACAAUCCAAAGGUCGAAGUUGAAGGAGACAAUGGGAAAGUCCUUGAAGCAAUUAAGAUUCACCUAGGAGAAGCGAAGAAAAACUUGGAAAAGCUGCAUACAGGUAGAAAUAAAAACUUUAAAUUAUUUUUUAGGAAACUCAAGGAACUUAGUCUGGUUCCUGAGACUGAAAAUUUCAUGGCAACAAAGAUGGUUGUUUUUUGUUGUAAACACAAACUCAGGUCGC